GUAACUCUGAGCCGCAAAUUCGACGUCACCUCGUCUCCUGAUGAUCUCUUCAACUCUUUUCCAUUUCAGCAUCACCUUCGCAACUGCACUGUAACCUUGUUGCGUGCCGGAGAUACGUGCGCGGUACCGUUUCGCCAAUGCCCCGCCCCUUCCUCCAGCCGUACCACCACUCCGCGCGCCACCUCCUCCUGACGCGGUGAUUUCCGACCACCUCUCUUAAUCCCCAUCGAAAGAAGUCCCAAUACUGGGCUAAUAAUCGCGAAACAUGCCUUCAAAGCCUUCAACACCGAGGCGAUCCUUUACCGGCCGAAAACGUGGACGUCCUCCAGGUACAACCAAUGCCACACGCAGUGCGCGCGACCUCGAAGAUUCCCCCGCACCACCUCCCUCCGGCCGAUCUACGCGCGACCACGCCACCCCUUCUGCAGUUCCACACACCGAGCCGGCGCCUAAGAGAAGAAGAUACAUUCCGGGAGGUGCAGGUGGUGGAGGCCGUUUCAUCGAUGAUGAUGGAACUGAGACCCCCAUCGCAGCAGUGCGUAGACCACCAAGGGAGCCGCGCAGCGUGUCGGCGAUAGUCCCAAGACGAGAACGAAGCGCAAGAUUGCGAACCGCUGCGGAUCGAGAAGACAUGGAAUUCAGUUCGGCCGCGGCUGUCGCAGCGGCCGUUGCAGAAAACGAAGGAUACAAGCCCAGAGAGGAACGGGGCUGGGAGGAAUUCCACCCUAAGCUCGAUAUCGAUGCAACAUUCAUGAUGUUCCGCUCUGAAGAAGUCGAUGGAAUUCCUCUCCCUGUCGCCAAAUCGCCUCCAAGGACACCAGCAGGAAUACGGCCAUCCACCCCGAUGAAUGGAUCCAACACGCCCUUAAGAGAAAUGAACCCGGCUUCGACGGGCAAUACACCAGCGCCCACCACAAAUUCCUACUUCAGCCUUCCCGUUGCUGGAAGUGAAACGCCGCAGAAGCGUCGCACAAGGCCACCCCGUGAAUCUGUUUCCUUCCUGGGUCGAGACCUGGCUCCAGCAGCGACACCAAGACUGCCUCAAGUCCUACCUAUCCGGAAUCAAACCCCCAAGGAGCGUCUGGAUCUCAAGGCACCUUCUUAUCGCAGAUCUGACCAGGUUGAGCAAUUCGAGAGCAAGAGCUUUGGUCAAGCGCGAUACGUAGACAAGUCGAUGAUGAAUGUAGGAUAUCAGGAGACUGAUCGUUACAUGCGCUCCGAGGGCAGGCUUAUCAAAGCGGCGGAGCCAAAUCUGGAGGACGACCUCGAACAAACAGCGGCCAAAGUAGAUGGCGAAGCGCAACCAAUCUCUGGCACAAAUGUUGGACGUGUGGAGUACGACAUGGACGAGCAGGAUGAUAAGUGGUUAGAGGUUUACAACAGGGAACAAAGGAAGGGCAACGAACUGGAACCAAUAACCCGCGAAGUAUUUGAAAUUGCCAUUACGAAAAUCGAAAAAGAGUGGCAUGCGUUGGAGAAGCGGAUACCAAAGCCCAAUCCUAAACCGCCUCAGACCCAUCGGCCGCGGUCUAGUUCGGCCGCAGCCGUCAAUGGCGAACCACAAGUUGGGGAGGAGCAAGACAGCAAAUGCGCGAUUUGCGAUGACGGCGACUGCGAAAACACCAAUGCCAUUGUCUUCUGUGACGGAUGCGACCUCGCAGUCCAUCAGGAGUGUUACGGUGUGCCCUUCAUUCCAGAAGGCCAGUGGCUUUGCAGGAAGUGUCAGCUCAUCGGCCGAGGCGUACCGACUUGCAUCUUCUGCCCCAACACAGACGGCGCUUUCAAGCAGACCAAUUCAUCCAAGUGGGCGCACCUUCUAUGCGCAAUGUGGAUUCCCGAGGUGUCCCUCGGGAAUGCCACUUUCAUGGAGCCUGUCAUGGAUGUGGAGAAAGUGCCCAAGACGCGCUGGAAGUUGAAUUGCUAUAUCUGCAAUCAGAAGAUGGGUGCCUGCAUACAGUGCAGUAACAAAUCUUGCUACCAAGCGUUCCACGUAACGUGCGCACGACGGUCGCGCCUCUUCCUCAAAAUGAAGAACAGUCACGGGGCGCUUGCAGUUCUUGAUAACAGCAUGAUACUGAAGGCCUUCUGCGACAAACACUGUCCUCCCGACUACUCUAAAGACAAUGGCGUCGCUCAAGCAGCGCGGGAAGCUAAGAAGUUCUACAAGCGGGCAAUGAAGGGACGGAUCUGGGCAGACAGCCAAGCAACAGCUCAUGCGCUGGCUGCAAAUCACCGUAAUGCUUUAACAGAGCACCCACCCGACGAAAGUCAAAUGACGGGGGCCAAAUUUGCGUCCUAUGUUGGUGGGGACAAAAAGAAGGGGCAACCUGGAAAGCAGAUUUGGAAGCUGCCUUCAGGCGCGCCCAUCAUUCCCCAAGCUGUCUUUGAGAUUGUGGAACAGGCGCUUUCUCGGUUCCCAUUCCGCAAGCGCAAGGAUUUCGUCAGCGAAGCAUGUCGUUACUGGACGCUCAAGCGCGAGGCCCGCCGUGGUGCGGCGCUUCUCAAGCGACUGCAGUUGCAGAUGGAGACCUUCUCAUCGAUGGAGCUUACAAGGCGGAACUUUGCGCAAAUGGGUCCAUCUGGGAAAGCCCGUCUUUCACGGCGUGUCGAAUUCGCCGAGGCGUUGCUCAAGGACCUCUGGGAACUGAAGCUUCUCUCGGAAAGCGUCGUUCAGAGAGAGCAAGAAAAGCUCGACGCUGCAGAGCUUGAGCAAGAGUUCGUGGACACCUGCUAUUUCCCAAUUGCGAAGCUGCUGGGACCAGUCGUCGAGAAGGCGAUAUUCCUCGACAAAAAUAUUUUUAAGGAAGGCCUCUUGGAGCUCCAGGAGAAACUGGAGUGCCGAUUCUAUACCAACACCCUCGUCUUCACCCAUGACUUGUGUGAAGUAAUUCAUGUCGGCAUCAACACAGAGCCUACGCACCUUGAAAAUCCGUCCCAAGGCGGCACUCUCUCGCCUGUAAAGCAGAACUUCCACGACCCGAGGCAGAGGAAAACGCUCGGCAAACGAAUACUCAAGGCUGUCCAACCACAACUUGAGACGGCCCUCAAAACAGAGGCCGAAAUCACGCACAAGCCGUACGAGACUCUGGCAAAGGAGUUCGAGGGUAUGCUAGAAGCCAGCAUCGAAUUCCGUCAGCCAUCCAUCACCGUCUCCCGCACAGAAGAGAGCACCGAACCCAGCCAGGAUACUAUCAUGGUGGAUGCUGCUACUGAGCAGAUCACUGUCGCAAACGACGAGACCAACAAGGGCGCAGACGCCACAGCCGACGCUGCAGCAGACGAGAUGGACGUCGAUGCCGAAGGAGAAGAAGAUGAAGGCAAUAUUGAAGUCAACACUUCGACUUUGGACAAGCCAAGCGACGUCCACUCAUCGAACUCAUCGGUGGCGGGGCAUGAGGGCAACGGUAAGGCUGCUGUCAAGAUUGAAGGGUCAGUGGCUCCGACCGUUCAGCCCACAGAUACGCCGCCUGAGGCGGGCUAUGUGCCUGCCAGUAGACCAACGCAACCGGCCCCUCCAACGCCUCCGCAGUCCAACGGCAGCCUGGGCAACGAGUCCACAGAUCCAUUGUCUGAGGGCGGCAUACCCUGGUACUUUUCCGACUUCAAACCCAAGGGAACGACCAUUGUCGAGGAGACGUGGACCGGCCGCGCGGCGCUCCGCAGUCUUAGCGAGGACCUCACCGACAUGGAUGAGCAGGAGCUCGAAGGCUUGGCCUUUGAUGUAGAGGACAGUACUAUCACUGCAUCGCCAACCGUCAAUGACGAAGUGGCAGACACCAUUGUCAGCAAGGCCAAGUCCAACAAUAACAAAGUCCGCAAGCGCACGAGUGCCCGAGCAUCUGCUAGGAGGAGAUAGCUGUGCUUUUCGCCCUCUGGCUCUCUCAACGACAACCCUCCCUCUUACGGAGAGUCGCAACGCCCGUUUGUUAUGAAUUUUGUGUUUUUAACGAAAUUGUAUUUGUACAAGAGAAGACCCCGACGACAUGUCCCGAUUGUUUCUCCCCCUUGCUUGCUUUUCAUUUUCCCGGCAACUACACCUCGCGUCACGAUUCCCCCAACUUUUACACCGUAUCCUUUAACUACACCCCGUGCGCCGCGUCUACUAUAGCGAGGCCGCGUGCCUAUUACUACCAUCAAUACUUUUUCUUCCUGUUUCUUGCUUGAAUUUUAUUCAGUGGGUUUAAUCAUUAGGCGUUUAAGAAGUUGGGGGAAAUGCGUCCCGCAAACUUUCACCAAACAUGGCUUUGGCUUCAAGGGCGUUUUCGGAUCAAGGAAGAGUUUUUAUCAGGUUAGCAAGGGGGAGGCUUCACGCACACACAACAACCCUGUUAUACCGCCCACGCGAGAUGGGAGAGGCUUUUCUUCUUAGCUUAGCUAGUAUUGAGAGAGACUUUUUAUUUUCUUCUCCCUGUUAAAGUCAUGAGUAUGAAAUGUUUUGAGAGUGAGGAAGAAAGAAGAGGUGUUGUCGUUGUUUCUUAAGUUUUCCUGCCUAUUGGUGUUCCCUGCCAUCUUUCUUCUAGGAUAGAGUGACGGACGAAGGGUGUUUUGAGGUUGGGACGUAUCCGAGACCUUUGUAUGUAGUGUGAGUGGAAUGUGAUGAUGGUCGAAUGAGAGUUUCUGAGUGUGC